AUGAACGCGGAUGAGAGGAUAAUGGCUUUAGUAAGAGCAUUCAUGUGCUUCUUUGGAAUCCUUGGUAACACCUGGCUGGCUUUUCAUUUCCUGCCAAGAUCCAGAUCUCGGCUCCGAACUAACGAUAUCUUAUUUGUCAACUUGGCUAUAUCCAACCUGAUUACCAAUUACCUGGUGGACCUGCCUGAGACCUUAGAUGCUGUAGUCCAGUGGACCGUAGAGAGGAAAUUCUGUGUGCUGUUAAAUUUCUGUUCUGACGUCUCGGAGUCCAGCAGCAUCUUCAGCACCAUGUUUAUUACUGUGUACUGGCAUCAGAAGCUUGUGGGCUCUCUGAAGCGCGGAGGAGGUGCUGUGCAAAUGGACAAACUUUGCCUCGUCAUCGCAUUGCUAACAGGAAGCUGGACCUUCGCCAUCAUCUUCAGCAUUCCUCAUUUUUUCUUAAUCCCAAAGGACAUCUUCAACCAAAGCGACGAAAAAUGCGUUGAUGAAUUCCCGAGCCAAGAGGCCAAGCUAGGCUACGAAAUGUCAUACCUUGCACUGGCAAACCUUGCUCCGAUUAUUGGCAUUGUUUUUGCAAGCAUUCAAAUUGCUGUCACACUUUUACAGAACGAGAAGCGGAUCAGGAACAGCACAAACCUAUUCACGAGAGGAGGAAAAGUCAAGACGAAGAAGACUCCAGAACUCACAUCCAGAACAACACAUCCAAACACUGGAAAUAAAGUCCAAGAACAACAAGUAGUGGAAAGGUCUACAGGCAAAUCCAUCUCAUCCUCAGGUAAUCAAGUGAGAGCUGCAAAGAGUGUGGUCACAGUGGCCAUGGUUUUCCUGAUCUGCUGGCUAACGCACCUCGCGCUCAGCAUAACCUUCACCUUUUACAAGUCCAUCAUAUUAUCGGAGAUGAUCAGCUUCAUAGGAGCAACGUAUACAUGUAUAAUCCCUUAUAUGUACUUGCACGGUCUAAAGAAGUUGAACUGCUCAUGCAAAGGCUGA